CCUAAAACUUCUGAGUUUGCCUUUUUCAAGAAACUGAAGAAAGAUGCGGGCCAAAGAUUUGAUUCACAUUCAAUGCAGAGGAUCAAAAACCAACCACACAAAUGGAAUUCCGGCGAAUGUUGUAGAGCAGUAGGUUGGUUUAAAUCAGAUGUUGUCCUCACUUUGACAGAAAUUGAUUGAUAUCGCCUUCAUUUUGUUCAGUACAUUUAAUUCCUAGUUUCUUUCUUAACGAUGCAAUUAUGAUAUUUUCUUCUUUACUGGGCAGAGCGGACCAGAACAGUUAGGAACAUCUCUAAGUCCUCAGAGGGGACCAAAAUUACUAUAAAUCGUCCGUUGCCUGCCGGAAAGGCUAGCUCUAAGGAGUUGGGAUCACGGUUUUCCGUUGAAAAAGUUAACUCUAAGGACUCAAGAUCACCGUUGCCCGUUAACAAUGUGACACUUACUAACUUUGAUUCAUUCCCCUCGCCAGUCGACAGAGCAGUAAAUAACUCAGAGGUCAAAUUAAAGAAUGCCUUUUCAGCCGUUGAGCCUAUAUUUAGCAUAGAAGAUUGGUUACAGCAUCAUAGUGACAACAAGAAACCAGGAGGUAGAUAUCCUGUUGUCAAUAUUUUUAUUCUCUGUUUCGAAAGUAAAGGAGGUAAAGAGGGGAAAAUGGAUGUAGGGAAAUGCCGUAUACUGGUUUCACCUUGGUCUUCCAAGCUAUAUAUAGAAAAAAAAGGGAUGAAAUCAUCAUCUGCUAUCUGAAAGAAUAUUAGUCAUUGGCUAAAUCUGAGAAUAUUUAAGUCAUUUCAUGAAAUAAAAUUAGAUAAUUUCAACUUUCAGGGUCCCAUGCUGAUGAAGCAGAAUUAUUUUCUAGAAAGAGAGAGAAACUGCUGCAGUGGGCUCAUAACUCAUUUCCUGAGAUAGAGGAACUCGGUUCCAAGGGGUGUGAUGUCAUUUCAGUGCUCCUUAGUCGGCUUUUUCCUUCGAGCAAUGAGAAGAAUGGUUACAGAAGCGCAGAGUCUGCACCGUUGGAGAGCAAUACCAAAGCAGAGUUAUUUACUUGUCCCAAGUCUGAUAUUCCUUCCAAGAAAAUUUACAGGUUGCCAGAAAGGAAGAUCAUGGAAAUUCAAGAUACACCAUCAUACUUGGAAAAUGCUACAUCAUCUUAUUGGUCAGACAUAUCAAGGGAAACCAUGAUCUCUGAUAUCGACUCUACAACCUAUAACUAUCACAGCGCUCUUCAAAAGACUUUAGAAUUACCUACCUGCAAACUAAGAGAGAAAAAUCUGACUUCCUGCAUUGAUAAUGACUCCACUUUUGGCUUUCCAUUCGUGAGACAUGGAUCUUUUCUACCAUUUAUUUCUUCCAACGAGCCAGAUGAUUUGCAUGACCCAAAUGGAUCUUUACCUGCAAGAGAGGCUUUUUUGCCACUGCUUGAAUGGGAUUCCUUAAAUGGUACAUCACCUUACUGGUCAGACAGAUCGAGGGAGACUAUGCUCUCUAAUAUCCACUCUCCACCCUAUAACAACCACAGCACCCUUCAAAAGUAUUUAGAGUCACCUAGCUAUGAAGUAAGAGAGAAAAAUCUAAUCUCCCGCGUUGAAGGUGACCCCACUUUUUGCUGUCCAUUUGUAAGACCUCAAUCUUUUCUACCAUUUAGUUCUUUUAAAGAGCCUGAUUAUUUGCGUGAUCCAACUGGGUUGUUGCCUGGAGGAGAUCCAUAUUUUCCGCAGCUUGAAUGGGAUUCUGUAAACAUGAAUAAACGAAGCUCAUCUGCUACUUACCAGAAUACAAAUUGGACUAUAGUUCCUGCAUUACAAUGUUCAUGGGAUCAUCAGCAAACUCUAGAUAUCCCAUUUAAUUCUGUCGAAAAGCUAGAUGAUUCCCAUGAUCCAAAUGGAUCUCCUGGAAGAGAACCACAUUUGGCAUUGCUUCAGUGGCACCCUGACGUAAAUGAAAGGAGCUUAUCAGCUACUUGUCCAGAUACAAAUUGGACCCUAAUUCCUGCAGCACAAAGUUCAUGGAAUCAUCAGCAAAGUCUAAAUAACUGGCGCGAAUCAUUUGGAACUCUUGGGUUGUGUUCAUCACCUGUACUAGGAAAUUAUCCCCAAUACUUUUAUACAUUAGUGUCUCCCACUAGUACCAGCUAUGAGAAACAUGACUUUGGAAGAUCUAUUUUAGAAACAGAUGAAGAAAUAAUUGCAGAUUCGCAACAUCUUCCUUUGACCUUAUCACAUUCCUCAAAUUGCUUUAAUCUGAUUGCUGAUUGCAAUCAUUUUGAAGUUGCAUGUCAAGGCAGCGAGUCUAGUGGCUUUCUCCCAUCUCCUGAAAAUCACCUUGGCUUCAUGAGCAAUGCUUUGGUUGAGGAGAAUAAUACUACUGAUUUUGGAAAUCAUCUUUCCUAUGUCCUUAAUGUACAAUGGAAAUCUUACAAUCAAGUUGUUUAAGAAGAUAAAUGAUCUUCAAUUUCCUGAAAAAGGAAUCCUAUAUUCAACUUUCUUUGUGAAGAUGAAUUUGUGAGUUCCUUGGGCGGUUCACAUUAUAGAGGCCUUUUUAACACUGCAAUGAAGUUAUGCUGGACAUCCAUGACUGGUGAUCUUUAUAUUUCCAAAUAUCUCGGGACAAAGAUAAAGGUCACAGAGGAACUCAGUCUUGCAGCUUAAUUGUGGCACUUUCUUCUGUCGAGUGCCCGGGAGCAUGCAGAGUGGAACUGUGAGCAAAAACUGAGAACUUGGACCUAAGAUUCUGAGAGUGCUUCACCAAUCCCAAUGGUUAUCAAAUGACGGCUUGAACCUUAUCCAAUGAGAUGCAUUUUGAGGUAAGGAUCAAUGACACACCAUGUUAAGUAGAAUUCUAGAAAGGAAAGAUGUUAUUGUUAAUUCCAUUAGUUAGAAUGAAAUCAUGCAAUUUGCGUUGAAA